CUCGCACGCGGAUCACUCACAAUGGCGACGCUCACAACGUCAAGCAAAAGACCGUACCAUAUUAUAGUGUUCGGAGCGAGCGGUUUUACCGGCCAGUUUGUAGUGGAGGAGGUUGCGCGGACGUGUAACGAGGGUCCAGGAGGGACGUUUCAAUGGGCUGUAGCCGGACGAAACCGCGACCGACUGGAAAAAACACUCCUUCAGGCAGCUGACGCUCUGUGUAAACCAGAGCUGAAGUGUGUGGAGGUUAUUGUAGCAGAUGUAGCCGAGCCGGAGUCGUUGGCCAUCAUGUGCAAACAAGGAAUCAUUGUGCUCAACUGCGUGGGACCAUACAGAUUCUAUGGCGAGCCCGUGGUGAAGGCCUGCAUAGAGAAUGGGGCCCACUGCAUCGAUAUCUGUGGAGAACCACAGUUUUUAGAGGGGAUACAGCUGAAAUACCACAGUAAAGCUCAGGAGAAUGGUGUGUAUAUCAUUGGAAGCUGUGGGUUUGAUUCAAUACCAGCAGAUAUGGGCAUCUGUUAUACACAGGAUCACUUCAAAGGAACGCUCACUGCUGUGGAGAGCUUCUUAACAAUCAACACGGGACCUGAGGGAGGAUGUGGCCAUGAUGCAACGUGGCAGUCAGCCAUCUUUGGCUUUGCUGACAGUGCCAGUCUCAGAAGAAUAAGGAGGAAGUUUGGGCAUAAACCUCUGCCAGCUGUUGGCGCUAGAAUUAAAAAGAGGGGAGCUCUGUUCUUCAAUAAGGAGAUUGAGCAGUAUGUCAUUCCCUUCAUGGGCUCAGAUCCGUCUGUGGUGCGACGGACUCAGCGCUAUAUGCACGAGGAACAUAAACACAGCCCUGUGAGUCCAUGUAUGACGUCCUGUCUCAUGCAACAUCCUUUUAUUGGUCCUCACAGGGGUGGUGUGUACACUCCAGGGUCAGCGUUUGCAAGAACCACCCUAAUCGACCGUCUGAACAAACACGGAAUCCAGUUCUCACUGAAGAAGGGACAAUAGACAUGAGUACUCUCUCAGAUUCAAUCAGCCUAGUUGAUCUCUUUUGUUAUAGAAAUUAAAUCUAGAAAUGUUGUAUAGCAAAAAAAAUUGUUGUAUGUCUGUACUUUGUGAUUCAUUAACCCUCAAGCAUCCUUCGGGACAAAUUUGGGGAAAAUAAUUGUCCAUUGUCCAAAUUUGGGCAAAAUAAUUAUUUAA